CCAACUAGACAGCCACCGAGACAAGCGCGUACCGGCGCACAUAGUAACCUUCUGCCGAGGUGGCACAUAGCAUACUCUGCGGCGUGUGGAGCACGCGCGAAACAAAAGGAACGCCUGCUGGCUUUACGUCGUGUGUCUGAGGAAAUUUCGUGGAAAAGGCGACACUCGGAGUUGCACGGAAAAGCGGGGAUCGACACAAUAAAAAACGGCAAGGAAGCUCCAGUCACAAACCACACGGGUAAGGAGGAGAGCGGGAGAGGCAAACCCCGCCCGUCCUCCGUAAGCGCACAGCGAUGGGGUCUCCGAGACUCGCGGCACCACAAUCGAGAGCCAGCACCGUGCUCGCAUUGCCGCUGCUCGCAGCCGCGCUGGUGCUGGUGUGCGCCUCUCUUCUGCCCGCUGGGGCGGAGGCCAUGGGGCCGAACGAUGACGGCGCCGCCAACAACUUGGGCCUCUUAGCGCAGGCCUGUGCGAGCUCGUUUUGCGGGCUAGGGGUGGACGCUCUGGACCUGUGGUUGUCGCUGGAGGAGGUUUGCCGUACCGGCGCCUCGAACCAACCUUCCCUGGAAGGCGGCGGCGAGAUGGAGUUUGGGGGUGUCCAUGGCGGUGGGUGGGGCACGGCGGCGGCCGAAGGCGGCGGCCGCGGCGGCGACUGGUCCGCGAGCUCGACCGCGCUGGUGUGCGGCGGGGUGUUGGCGGUAUCGGCGCUCGUGGGCUUCCGGUCCGGGAUAAAGGUCGGCACGUGGACGAAGGAGGGCUACCCGGUGGCGUAGCGGCAGCGGUAGCGGCGACGACGGAAGUUGCGCCGCACCGGUGUUUUUUUUUUUUUCAUAUUUUUGGGGGACACGGAGAUAUUGGGUAUAUAUAUUUUGGUUUUGAAAUCGAGGCAGAGAGGCUGGGGGAGAGGGGGCCCGGGAAGAGCGGAUUUUUUUUUGAGACGGCGGCGAGAAGAAGCCAGAUCGUCACCGCCGGGCGAGUUUUUUUUUUCCCACCGAAACGCCGCCUGUUUUUUCUAGUCACUUUUUUUUGUAUUGUUAGUGAGUGUGGGGGGCGGAGGAGGCGACUUUGUUUGCGGCGGCAUGCAUCCCGUGUUUCGUCGCUGUCUCUAUGUAUCUACACACGUUUAUCUUGAGAGCUGUGUUGCAGUGUGGUUGUGUGGCUCUCUCCCGAUCCUGGAGAGCAUGGGAAGGGAAGGAGCGUAAGGCCGGAGGCCUAAGGCCAUCGAGAUCGUUCGCACAUGAUCCGGUUUAUGGGAUCCCCGUUCGGUCCCUGCAAUUAUCGCUCAUGUGUAUGUGUUCGAAAAAGGUUAUUCCUUGUGUGUUUCAUACCGUUGUGUGUGUAUGUGGGGUGUGUUGGCGAGAGGGGGCAGCGUUUUUGUCUAUUCUCGCUUGACUUGUCCAAGAGAAAAAGAGGGUUGGUACAGGUUUUUGUUUCCACAACGGCGGUAUACGACGUACUGAGAGGGCAGCGAAGGAAGUUUUGUUUCCGUUUCCCACACUGCUUGCACAUCGUUUUCGUUUUUGUGUGUCAUGUGUUGUUUUUUGUGUUUGUACUGCUGUAUAUGUUGAUGUUCAACGUUAAAACGUUUAUCGUGUGCAGCUGUUGGCAAAAGAUUGAGUUAUUACUUGUAGUUUGCAUCUGUGUCUUAUUGUGCCGUUUCUUUUUUGAAAGAGAGCAAGCAGCACGGAGAAAUGAGCGUUCAGAACG